AAAACGAUUCUCUUUGGUUCUGAUACAUUUCCUAUUUUGUCCUAUAAGCAAAAUUAGUAAUAUCCAUAAAUAAAAAAAAGUAAAUACCUUAAAUGGUAGUGGGGUGGGAGGAGUCGCCGACGACUGAGAAACCCCUCAUUUGGUUGUCUUUCGAAUUCGCUGCUGCUGCUUCUAGGUUAGGGUUUUACAGUCGCUCCCGGAAACUAGAGUGAGAGAGAGAGAGAGAGAGAGAAAUUGAGAUCAAGCAAGAGCAAGUAAAUGGGGCGAGGGAAGGUAGAGCUGAAGCUAAUCGACAACAAGCUCAGGCGGCAAGUGACGUUUUCCAAGCGGAGAAGCGGGCUGAUCAAGAAGGCACGUGAGCUGUCCGUGCUCUGCGGGGUGGAGGUCGGCCUCGUCAUCUUCUCCGCCAAAGGGAGGCUUUACGAGUUCUGUAGCGGCGAGAGUUUGGGAAAGCUUCUGGAGCGUUACCAGAUGCAUAGUGAAGAGGAAAUUGGUGCUUCCAAGAAUGUUGGUGGUACUGACAAGAAGCAUAAUGCGGAAUGUAGUGAUCUCCGCGCAGGCGCUAACCUCUCUCUGAAAAUGAGUCAAAGUGGUAUGGAGGCACAAGACCUUGAUAAUCUAGAUGUUCCAGAGCUCACCCAGCUUGAGAAGGAAUUGGAUGCACUUUUAAGACAAACAAGAUCAAGAAAGACGCAGCUGAUGAUGGAAACCCGUACAGCUCUUAUCGAGACGGAAAAACGGCUGAAAGAAGAGAAGCGUCUCAUAGAAAAUGAGAUUGCAGCACUGAAGCUGAAGGAGCAAGCAGAGCAAGCACUGACCUGCCGACUAGGAACCGGAUCAGCAGAGCACUUCCUCCGCAAAUAACACCAACAACAACAGCUGCAGCAGCGACUAUGUUCCGGCCACCAAACUUCAUUUAAUUGUUUUUCAAAAAGUAAAAAAUGACGAGACACAGUACAAACCAACUCAGUUCAAGCCCAGGAUGUGAGACAAAUAGUCCAUGCAGGGCAGGGUGAUCAUUAAAACAACAAAUAAUUAUUGUCCUUAAUUAAAACACAACCAAAAACUGAUUCACAGAGA